AUUAAAAAGAGAGGGAAGCUUGAAGGACAGACUAUUGACUAUAUGAUACUUCCGAAGCAGUAACUUCGCUUUAUCACCAUAAAGGCAUUUGGGGGAUGACAGAUAUAUGAGUGCUUGAUUCUUCUGCCCUUUACUGUUUGCUCAUUCCCAAAGCCUCAAAUCAUGUCCGCUAUUGAAUCUCCAAACCCAGCACCUGAUAUUGAUGUCUCUGAGGAAGAAAAGAAAACCAGAAUGGGGUCGUUCAAGAAGGCAGCAAUCAAUGCCUCCAAUAAAUUUAGGAAUUCUUUAACAAAGAAAGGUAGGAGGAGCAGUAAAGUAAUGUCUGUUGAAAUUGAGGAUGUGCAUGAUGCAGAGGAGUUGCAGGCUGUUGAUGCCUUACGUCAGGCACUUAUACUGGAGGAACUGCUGCCUGCAAAACAUGAUGAUUAUCACAUGAUGCUCAGGUUCUUGAAGGCAAGAAAAUUUGACAUUGAGAAAACAAAGCAAAUGUGGUCUGAUAUGCUCCAGUGGAGGAAGGACUUUGGUACCGACACAAUUUUGGAGGACUUUGAGUUCAAGGAGCAUGAGGAAGUCGAGAAAUAUUAUCCCCAAGGGUACCAUGGAGUAGAUAAGGAUGGACGACCGGUGUAUAUAGAAAGAAUAGGCCUAGUAGAUGCUGCCAAGCUGAUGCAAGUCACAACCAUGGACCGCUAUCUCAAAUACCAUGUAAGGGAGUUUGAGAGGACAUUUAAUGUUAAGUUUCCAGCUUGCUCUAUUGCUGCCAAGAAGCACAUUGACCAAAGUACUACCAUCUUGGAUGUGCAAGGAGUGGGUCUUAAAAGCUUCACCAAAGCUGCAAGAGACCUUAUCACUUGUCUUCAGAAGACUGAUGGUGACAAUUAUCCUGAGACUUUGAACCGCAUGUUCAUCAUCAAUGCAGGUUCUGGAUUUAGAAUGUUGUGGAACACUAUUAAGUCUUUCCUUGAUCCUAAGACCACAGCCAAGAUCCAUGUUCUUGGCAACAAAUAUCAGAGCAAGUUGCUUGAAAUUAUUGAUGCUAGUGAGUUACCAGAGUUUUUGGGAGGUACUUGCACUUGUGCUGAUCAGGGAGGCUGUAUGCAUUCUGAUAAGGGGCCAUGGAAGGACCCAGAGAUCUUGAAGAUGGUUCAAAAUGGUGAACAUAAAUGCACAAAGAAAUCUCAGGCUGAAAGCAUUGAAGAGAAAACAAUUUUAGAAGAUGAGACAGUGCCCUCAAAGGCUAGUGACUCCUUGGAUGCUGAGGCAGUUCCAGAUGCAGGGAAGAAAGAAACUCUUUCUCCUAAACUUUCAAGGAAUCAUAUUGAGCAUCCGGAAGGACCAGAACUCUCUCCUGUACAUGAAAAUGUCCAAAUGAGCCAAAACGAGAAAUUUGUCCCAAUGGUUGAUAAUCCUGUGGAUUUCGCCUGGCAGAAUGGGGUGCAGAACGAAAAGUUUGCUAUCGUAUCGAAAGAUUCUUAUACUAUGCAUGAAACUUGCAAGGUUCCUGAUGGGUUUAGCUCUCAUCUUUUCACUGGUGUCAUGACUGUUGUUAUGGGUAUUGCCACCAUGAUCAAAGUGACACGUAACAUGCCCAGGAAGCUCACUGAUGCCAACAUAUACUCUAGUCCUGUUUACUGUGUUGACACAGAGGUUAGGAGCCAGGAAACUUCAGCCAAGUUAUCCCCAGCUAUAUCCACUUCUGAAUUGAUGUCCGUCAUGAAACGUAUGGCUGAGUUGGAAGAAAGAGUAAGUGUUAUGAACACUAAACCUACAACAAUGCCCCCAGAGAAGGAGAAAAUGUUGAAUUCUGCACUAAACCGGGCUGAUGCCUUGGAGCAAGAGCUUAUGGCAACCAAGAAGGCUCUAGAAGACUCAUUUGCUCAACAGCAGGAGCUCGUGGCUUAUCUUGACAAAAAGAAGAAAAGGAAGAAGAGGACCUUGGUAAGCUAUUACGACCAUAGUAUUGCCCAUUUAUAUUUUUCUUAUGAACGAUACGAUUUACAUGAAGUUGCGUCUGAAAUUGAUUUGCUUGUUGACAGUUCUGGUAAAGAAAGAAAAGCUGAUGCUGACAGAUGCUCAGGAAACUGGUGGUGGGGUAAUUCGUUUUUUAAGGCCACCCCCUAAAUGCACUCUAGUCUAAUAUUCCACUCAUAAGAUGCAAAUGUAAAGUCUUCUUUUUAUCAUAUAUGCAUUAUUUAAAUUGGCCUGUAUAGAUCAAUGUACAUAUAUACCUGUUGCCAGGCACGUUUUCGACCAUCUACUUUCUUUUUUUUUUAGUUUUUAUCUCCCUUGCUUAAAUCCAAGGAUUACAGAAGGAAUCAAUGAAAGUUCCUGAAUGCAUGCAGGGGAUGUCUAAUGAGUGGUAAUCUACAUACUUAAUUCCUAGUCUCUGUCACAAUAAUAUGGUAAUCCUAAUCGGCUAUCGCUGCUGCAACUGCAGAGAUUUAAACAUUUAUGCAGCUUGGUUGUUAUUAUUAUUAUUUUUUAUCCAAGUUUGUUGUUUCAAAUUGAUAAUCCAUUCAA